ACAGGGAGCUGUGAUUGGUAUAGACGAUGAGGACGACAGCACCUUCACAAUAACUGUUGAUCAGAAAACCUUCCAUUUUCAGGGUGAGCUGACAGAAGAGAUUGUUUUUUUUCUUGUAAUAGAUUCCACUUGUAUUUGAUGGAUGAUUUUAAACGUUUGGCAACAGAACAGCGUAAAUGAGCACGCUGAGAACAUUCUGGAUCCAGGGGUGCUGCAGGUUAGGCAGGGAUUUACAUCUGCAGUGGAUACAUAUGUGCUAGAAAGAGACUGGUUCUGGCAGGAUUUGGAGAUUUAAAAUACAAAGAAUAAAUCACUCACUGGGAGAAAGUAAUGGGCUCCUGAUUGUGGGUUUCGCUUACUGAACGUUUCUGAUCUUCGUUAUCAAGAUACAGUUAUGCGUUUCUAUAUGAAGAGAAUCAAGACUGGUCGGCAGGUUGCAAUUUGUAUCCAAAUAGAACUUAAUGCUCAAUUAUGAGGAGACUAGAGGCAACAUUUGGUUUAAAGGUGGAGCUUUGCUUCAAGAUUUACCAGCUUGCGUUCAUUUCAUCUACAUUUCUGUGUCUUGUCUGCCAGUCACCAUUUCUCUGCUAUUAUCCUUUUAUUCACAUUUACUAACACCAAUGCCAUCUGCCACUGCUAUGUUUCGUCAUUGCAUGCUAUGGUUCACCGGUAGAAAGGCUCGAGAUGCUGAUGAGAGAGAGAAGUGGAUUCACGCUUUAGAGGACACCAUCCUCCGCCAUACCCUCCAGCUGCAGGGUGUGGAUUCAGGGUUUGUUCCCAGCGUUCAUGAUUUUGAUAAGAAACUUACUGAGGCUGACGCUUACUUACAGAUCUUGAUAGACCAACUGAAGCUCUUUGAUGAAAAGCUCCAGAACUGCAAAGAUGACGAACAGAGAAAAAAAAUUGAAAGUCUGAAAGAAACCACCAGUAGCAUGGUAGAAUCGAUAAAACACUGCAUUGUCUUGCUACAGAUUGCUAAAGACCAAAAUAAUGAGGAGAAGCACGCAGAUGGACUUAUAAGUACUAUAAACCCUGUUGAUGCAGUGUAUCAGCCCAGUCCUUUGGAACAGCCAGUGAUCAGUGCAAUGCCUUCCCAGACUGUUAUACCUCCAGAACCUCAGCUGUGCAAGUCAGAGCAGCGACCCUCAUCUUUACCAGUGGGACCUGUAGUAGCGGCACUUGGAAAUCAGACUCCAACACCAAAUAGUACAGGAAGCGGGCAAUCAGCACCUAGCAGCAGCCUCACUUCUCCAAGCCAUGUCAAUCUGUCUCCAAACACAGUGCCAGAUUUUUCUUACUCAAGCAGUGAGGAUGAAUUCUAUGAUGCUGAUGAAUUCUAUCAGAGCAGCUCUUCCCCAAAGCGAUGUAUGGAUUCUUCAGGGUCUGCUGCAGUCCUGACUCGCAGCAGCACAGGGAGUAGUUUGAAACGUCCAGAUACCACAGAGUCACUCAAUUCUUCCAUGUCCAAUGGGACAAACGAUGCUGAUCUCUUCGAUCCUCCUGAUGAUAGAGAUGAUGAUGCAGAAGGAGAAUCAGUGGAAGAACAUAAGAGUGUUAUCAUGCAUCUCUUGUCACAAGUCAGAUUAGGAAUGGAUCUAACAAAGGUGGUUCUUCCAACAUUUAUCUUGGAAAGAAGAUCACUGUUGGAAAUGUAUGCUGACUUCUUUGCACAUCCAGACUUGUUUGUCAGCAUUAGUGACCAGAAGGAUCCAAAAGAAAGAAUGGUUCAAGUGGUUAAAUGGUACCUCUCAGCUUUUCACGCAGGAAGAAAAGGGUCAGUUGCAAAAAAGCCUUACAAUCCCAUUCUGGGCGAGAUCUUCCGAUGUCAUUGGGUACUGCCAGGCACUGAAGGUGAAGAUGAUAUGGAGCCGGUUUCAGAAGGACCAGUUCCAUGGGUCAGCAAAAGCAACGUAACGUUCGUGGCAGAGCAGGUCUCUCACCAUCCUCCAAUUUCAGCAUUUUAUGCAGAGUGUUUUAACAAGAGGAUACAAUUCAAUGCUCACAUAUGGACCAAGUCAAAAUUCUUAGGAAUGUCAAUCGGAGUGCAUAACAUAGGGCAAGGGUGUGUCACAUGCCUGGAUUAUGAUGAACACUAUAUUUUGACCUUUCCUAAUGGUUAUGGAAGGUCUAUUCUCACUGUGCCAUGGAUAGAGCUUGGUGGAGAAUGCAGUAUUAGCUGCUCAAAGACAGGCUAUAAUGCUUCCAUUGUCUUCCACACAAAACCAUUUUACGGAGGAAAGAAGCACAGAAUUACAGCUGAAAUCUUUUCUCCUAAUGACAAGAAACCCUUCUGCUCAGUUGAAGGAGAAUGGAAUGGUGUCAUGUAUGCAAAAUACUCAACAGGGGAGAAUAAUGUCUUCAUAGAUACCAAGAAAAUGCCUAUAAUUAAGAAGAAGGUAAGGAAAUUGGAGGACCAAGAGGACUUUGAGUCUCGCUGCUUAUGGAAAGAUGUGACCUACAACUUGAAAAUAAGAGACAUUGAUGCAGCUACAGCUGCAAAGCAUGCACUUGAAGAAAGACAAAGAGCUGAAGCGAGAGCCAGAAAGGAGAAUGAGACCCCAUGGGAAACAAGGUUAUUCCAUGAAGAUGGAGAAUGCUGGGUUUACGAUGAGCCACUACUGAAACGACUCGCUGCCGGUAAACACUGAGGGGGUCAGAAAAAAUGAUCAGGCCUUGACUUAGCAGAGUUCACGUCUGAUACCAGGAUAGUCAUCUGUUGUCACGUACGUAACGUGUGGAGCACCUGUCCCCUCCAGUUACAGUGGUUCCUAUCUCAGGGAUACCGGACUUACUGAUGCAGAUAAGCAAUUAAACAAAACAGGAAACGUCUUGGCUGCACGGUGACUUCUGUUGGACUCUGCUAGACUGGUAGUGUAUGCAGGCUGCAGUGGCAGGCUGCUGGAGCCCUUCCACUGAUGCUUCUAAAGCAUCCGGGCUGUGACAUACACCUUGUAUAACCACUGUGAAGGCCUUGACAUUUGGUAUCAGUUGCAUUAUAUUCCUGGGUCCUACAUAUUAAAAAAUAAAACCACCAGAAAGCAACGUGCAAGACAUCAUUUAAAUCAAGCUAAUGUUUGCUAUGUGUAAAUACGAGGAUUCCUUUGAUGGGAAGGUUUGUUAGAAACUGCUACAUAAAUGUUAUCUUCCACCUGUAUGAUAAUCAAAUCUUUUGGCAUUUCAGUGUCUUGCCCAAAAUAACUUUGUUAUUUUGAGAUUAAAAUGUAACCAUAGGUAAUUCUACUCAGUGCAUCUUAAAGCUUCAUAAAUAGAUUUUUCAAACUUC